AUGUCUUUUACUCAAGAACUUUGGUCGUGGUUAACCCCUACCUCACUACCUCUAUCAAAUCCUCCACAAGUCGGCUCCACAACCCCAAUAACAAACUCUCUAAAACUGCCCCGACCGGACUCCAAGCCAGUUGUUAUCGCUUUCCUUCGCCAUUGUGGCUGUCCAUUCGCCGAGAAAACAUUCCUUCGCCUUCGUCAGACAGCGUCUCAAAACCCGGGCAUAUAUUUCGUAGCAGUCUCACAUUCUUCAGAAUCACACACCAAAAAGUGGCUUUCUGAAAUCGGUGGACCGGGCGAGACGAACCCUGUCGAGAUCAUCGUUGACGAAGAUCGCAAGUUGUAUGCAGAGUGGGGUCUAGGAGUGUCAAGCUUUUUGCAUGUUCUCAGUCCCGGGGAGUUGGGUCAAGUGUUCAAGCUCGCAAGAGAGGAAGGGAUCAAGAAUCGACCUACCGAGAGCGGUAAUCGGUGGCAGACGUCCGGAGCCUGGGCUGUUGAUGGGCAGGGAACAGUAACUUGGGGUGGAAUCGCAAAGGGUGCAUCGGAAAUACCAGACUUUCAAGAUGCGGUGGCCUCGCUGAAGAGCCAGAACGUGUAA